AACUAUCAAUACAUUAAAAAAAUUCGUCGAAAAAAAAAUCGUUGAUUUAACUCGAAUUGACCUACAUAUGUGCGUGUUAAUAUUAGGUCAGCCCAAACUGACAUAAAUGGAAAUGUGUUGCAUUUUCAAGAAGCUAUAAGAAAUAAAUUGAUGGUUACGAUAUAAAAGGAAUGAUAAAAUUUUCUGGAAAUGGAUUCUCAAUACAUAUCGAAAAGUUCGAGGAGUCAAAAUCCUAAAUGGGUCUGUCCAAGUGAUCGUCAAUUGGCACUACGAGCAAAAUUGAAAACUGGAUGGUCAGUAAAAAGCUUAACUCUAGACGGUGGAUAUAAUGAUUACGCUUGUCAUUCGUCUUGUCCUUCACUUAAUAAUGGAUCUCAAACCUCAUCAACCGCUUUGACAUCAGAGGAACAAAAACGAAUAAUCGAGGUUAUUAAGCGAGCAGAAGUUUUGGAUUUAUCAGAACAAGAACGAGUUGGCAAACUAGUUGAACGUCUUGAUAAUAUGAAGCGCAAUGUUACAGUUGUUAAUACAACAAGAUCAAGUGAUAAGAGUUGCGGAAACAGAUGCAUACGUAGCAAAAGAUGUGUUUGUUCUUGUGCUCUAUGUGGCGAAAAAUUUACUGUCCUUGGAGGUGGAUCCAUUUUAUGCAAAGAUUGUUGCAAAUACGUUUGCAAAAAAUGUGGAGUUGAGACAACAAUAUCAACAGUAGUAAUUAACAAUAAAUCACGGAUAAAAAACAAGAAAUUUUUUACCGCUUCUUCAAUAUCUGAUAUUUCAAUGAUUGAAACAGAAAAUGAUGAGCCAAUUAAAGUAUCUACUAAAAUUUUUUUAUGUCGUAUUUGUACAGAAACACGAGAAAUGUGGAAAAAAAGUGGUGCUUGGUUCUUCAAAAGCUUGCCCAAAUAUAUUUUACCAGAAAAAAAGAAAACUCAGAGUGAGAUUAAAAGCACGUGUAAAAUUUUAAGUAACUCUACUGAACUGAUCGAACAAGAUUCAUCCUCAGACGAGGAUUCUACUCACAAUUCUACUCAACCAAAUUUAUUCCUUUCACAUAGUUUGUCUUCAAAUCUUCCCGAUUUAUCUCGAAGCCAAAAUUUUGAUACCAAAGUAGAUAUUGAGAUUCAGCGCAAAAGUGCUACAGCUCUUACUGAGAUUGAUAGAAUGAAGAGUAGUAGUCCACAUAAAUUACAAUUUCAUUUGUCGCCUCAUAACCAAUUAAGUGAACCGUCUAUUUCUUCAUCUUCAACUUUACUUUCAUCUCCUGUAUCAUCAGCAUCUCUUUUAUCACUGACAAAAUCAACAAAUCGUUUGUCAAAACAAAAAGAAAAAUCCCUUUCAAGUAGCAAAAAUUCAAUUUUUUAUACAAAUCUUUCAUCUAAUAGCAGUGAAUCAAUUGACAGUGAAUCAUUAUACAAGAAUGAUAUCUCUUCCAAGUCACCUGUAAAUAGUAAAAAAUCAAAAAAAAAAUCUAAUCGCAGAAAAUUUUUUAAUGACAAAAAAGACUUAAGCGAUUAGUCUGUUAUCGAUCUUUUCAGUUAAUUUUCUAGAUAGGAAUAAAAUGAAUCUCCAAGGCAGAGGUAUGUAACUACCCUUACAUGUAUUUUACGUAGGGCAAAGGCUCCAAAUAUUGACCAGUUUAGAUAAAAUGAACAUAAAUACAUUAUUUAUAAAUUUAGUGGAAGAGUUUAUGAGCUGAAACGAGUGUUAUGCUUUUUUUAUGACUUCAACUUACAAUCUAUAAUACUUUUGUGUAUAAAAAACAUAAUAAUAAAAAUUUUAUUAUAAUAAUUAACGUUACUCCGACUAAUGACCAUCAAGCACUAAAUAUUGACCGCCCGUGUUCCAAAUACUAACCAGUAGUAUUAUGCUUAUUAGACUUAUAAAUAACUUUUAUUUUUAAUCUAUAAUAGUUUCAACAUUAGGUAAUAUAUUAACUGACAAGUUAAUUAUUUCAGUAUUGUUGUAAGUUGUUUUGUACUCUGAUACAAUAUUAUUUUCAGUACUUCUAUUGAAAUCAAUUGCCAAAGCCUAAUAUUAAGUACAUUAGAUAAUUUACAACACCAAUUGUUGGCAAGAGUAUUAUUUCAAUAAUUAAGGUAGUUGUCGUGGUUAAGGCAUACCGUCAGAAAAUUCUAAAUUUUUAUCUAUAUAUUAAAGACAUGAUAAUACAAUUACCCUUAUAAUUUGAAGUCGAUUGACCACCUAUAACCCAAGAUUAAUUCAAUUAAAAAUUGGAUAUUCGCAUAUACGCUCUCUGCAGUCUGUACCAGUUUCUUAGUUAUAAAAAAAAAAAAAAAAAAAACUAACUAUCAGAAACUUUCAAAAAACUGAUAGUCUUUUAAUGUAUU